AUGGGUGCUGUACAAGCAAUUCGGAAUAAAUAUGGCCCUAACGGUGAAUUACUGCUGAGGAGAUUCCAAAGAACGGCAACGAACCUGGCCAAGGACAACAACAGGAUGAAAUUCCUACUCAACUGUAGACGGUGUAAAGUGAUCCCGAAGUGCCUCAACUACAAAAUCCACAUCCAGCUCGGUAGCGGCCGGUCCAGGGAGGAAUUGGAUAAACUGAUGUUCAAACAGAAGAUCCGAAUCCUCAGUGUCAUGGUUGCCGAUGUGAAAAGAUCAAUCGCGGAGUUGCAGAAGAACAAAGCGCACCUCUUCGGAAAAAUCGAAACAGCGUUCGAGAGGGAAGAUGUAGUUGCAGUGAAGAAAAUGGUGGAGAAGAAGAGCCGUUCCGUACAUGAAGAGUCGAAAAGGAGAGGAGAGAGAAAGAUAGAGAGGCUGAAAAAUCAGCGGAUAGCCGAAAUGAACAUCGAAGAAGAAUGGGUUGAAAACACGACCGACACCCGAAUCCCGGACUUCUUACAACGAACCCUUUCGCUGGGUCCGAAUUUCAACGUACAGAAUAAGAUAAAAAUGCCGUAUGUUGAAAUAGUAGCCGGUAUUGAAAAGGGGAUUCGAUUCAAGGAGAAUGCUGACGAAAUUCGCGGGGAGGUUGCGUCGGCAAUUACGAAUCAUAUCAACUAUGUCCGACAACCCAGACACGGGAAGUUGGAGUGGAUUGAGAAGGAUAUAGCAGCAAGCAGGCGUUUCUUGGAGGAAAACCCGAGUCUGCUCAUAACAAAAGCAGAUAAGGGCAACAAGACCGUCAUAAUUGAAGCAGAAGAAUAUCACGCUAAAAUGAUGGAACUGCUCAACGAUGAAGACACAUACCGGAAACUACGAGCUGAUCCUUCCAAUAGGAUUAUGAGGAAGAUAAAUGCGAAGGUUGACGGAUGGUUGGAUCAGAAAUGCAUAGAGAAGAGCGAACACCGGAAAAUGAAAAUUUCGAGCUGUAACCCUCCCAGAAUCUAUGGCCUUCCGAAGUUGCACAAGGAGGGCAGACCGUUGAGGCCAGUAGUUUCGACGAUCGGAUCCGCCACCUACCAGAUGGCCCAAUAUCUGGCAGGAGUCUUGGAAAAUGUUGUUGGAAAACCAGAACACCACGUAAAAACCAGUUUUGAGUUUGCACAACAGAUAACAGGAAUGCAGAUCCCCGAGGAGCACAUGCUGUUUUCAUUGGAUGUGAAAUCGCUGUAUACCAAUGUCCCGGUGCAGUACGCGAUGGAGUGUAUCGAGGCAAGGUGGAGCGAGGUAGCAAGGUAUACGAAGAUUGACAAGCGAAGUUUCUUGGAUGCAACAAGAUUAGGCUUAGACUCUACGUUUUUCAACUAUCGAGGAGUUACCUACACACAAACCUUCGGAGUACCGAUGGGAUCACCACUGUCUCCGGUUAUAGCGAACAUCGUUAUGGAGCGUUUGGAACAGGAGAGCAUACAGAGGACGAAGGGACGGUAUCUGGAUUUCAUUUCGGAAAGUCCGUACUCCCAUAAACGCAACACUGCGAUUGCCCUAGUGGAUAGGGCUAUCAAGUUGACUGAUGCACAGCACCGCCCUUCGGCCAUCAGUACGGUGAAGGAAAUGUUGAAGUGUAACAAUUACCCUAACUGCUUCAUUCAGAAUGUCUUGAAACAGAGGGUACACAAGCACUACAACGAACUGCAGAACGACAAGGAGGUGGACGAAACGAAGUACAUUCCCACGCCAUAUGUCCCAUGCCUGAGUGAAAAGUUGCAAAAAAUCCUCAAGGAACAGGGCAUAACAUUGGCGGUGAAAGCAAAAUCGAAAUUGAAAAAUGAGAUUUUCGCUAAACUCAAGGACCCGAUCCCACCAGGACAACAUAAAAAUGUGGUGUAUUCGGUACCUUGUGGAACAGGGGAUGGAAAGGUGUACAUCGGACAGACGGGGAGAAAACUAGACACGCGGAUCAACGAGCACAAAAAUGACGUAAAACGGAAAGACAACAGGACUGGAUUAACGCACCACACGCUAUGUGACGGCCAUGUGUUUAAUUUUGACGAGACGAAAAUAAUUGAACGAAUCGCUGACCAGGAGAGCAGAGUAGUCGCGGAGACAUUCCACAUCAAGCUGGCAGGGGAAGCUAAUACAGUGAACCUCCAGCGUGAGUGUGGAUUGUUCAACAUGAACUACAAUGCGUUAGUGUUUAAGCUGCGACAAAAGACGAACAACGAUAGACGGCGAAGAGGAAACGAGAGAGGACGCGCACCACAACCGCAAAGUACCCUACUAGACAGUGGUACGUGA